GAGGUGGACUUGUCAUUGUUGCUGGGCAUCUCAGAGAACCGCUAUGACGCCAUAGACUUUAGCGAGGUGGUCAUGAUGGACAACUUCGUUGUAGCCUACAAGCGACCAACCCUUGGCUCAGACAUCGCAGGUUUCGUCAAGCCCUUCACGCCCCUGGUAUGGGCAGUCGUCCUUCUUUCCAUGGUUUUCAUCCUGGCUACCACUCUGUUCACCCUGCUAGGCAACACUGCCCCAUCUCUAUCACAACAUGGUAAUGGCGAUCAUGUGCAGUGUGAUGGAGUAGCCAGGGGUGCAAAAGACGAGUCUACCGUUCAGUGGAGCGUUGAGUGGGCAAUCAUUUCUACCAUCUCCUUACUGCUGUGGCAGAACACACCACAAAUGCCGAAGAGGUGGUCAGUGCAUGUGGUGGUUGGGCUGUGGAUGCUAACAGGCUUCAUCCUGGGUACCACCUACCGCUCUAACCUGAAAGCCAUGUUGAUUAGCCCGAGGAUUGUGAUACCCUUCAACACCAUUCAGGAGCUGGUCAACAGCAAGAUAACUCUCUUUGUCCCAGACUCCAACAGUUUACACCAGGCUAUGAUGGCAUCAUCCCCGGACUCACCCUUGGGCAAGUUGCGUCCACAAAGCGUAUUUCACCAAGAUUAUAUCCAAGCCAUCAAGGACUUGUUUGCCGGAUCCAUUGCUGCUAGCUCCCCCAGCUUGGUUACUACUAAUCUUGAACACACUUACUUCAGCCAGACUGGUCGUUGCCAAUUAUACAUCAUGUCUGAGAAUCUUCUGCAGAUGCCACCCUUAGGUAUAGGUUUCCCGAAAGGCUCACCACUCAAGCCGAAGUUUGAUAUCGCGAUCAGUGGACUGAAGGAAUUUGGGAUCUUGAGCCAUAUUCUCCACAAGUGGACCUCCAACUCCACCGAGUGUACCAAGCCCAUCACUCAAAAGGGCACUCCCGCUCUCCGCUCUCUUGACCUGGGUGACUUCUAUGGCAUCUUUUCACUCUAUGCUGGAGGACUGAUGCUGGCUUGUGUAACCUUUAUUAUGGAAUUACUUAUUGGCCAUAAUAUGCAUAAGAAGGUAACACAACCACCAUUCUCCUGCUCAAGUGACCUUCAGCUGCCUGCCAAGGGGACAACUGGCACAGGGUACUCCACCAGUGUCUCUAGCACUCAUAUGUACUAACUGAACCAUAAUUCACUGGCUAAUCUAUAAGCUAUAACAACAUUGGACUAUAACUCAUGAGGUAACCCAUGAACUGUACCAACAUUGGACAAUAACAUACUAGGCAACCUACAACAUGUACCAAAUCUGGACCACCACUCACUAGGUGCAGUACAUCAUGUAUUACUCAUUAGGUACCUCACUAUAUGUACCAACACUGGACCAUAACUCAAGGUGACCCAUCAGUUGCACCAACACUGGACCAUAACUCAAGGUGACCCAUCAGUUGCACCAACACUGAACCAUAACUCAAGGUGACCCAUCAGUUGCACCAACACUGGACCAUAACUCAAGGUGACCCAUCAGUUGCACCAACACUGGACCAUAACAUACUAGGCAGCCUAAAACAUGAGUAAGACUGAACUUCAACCUAUAAAUGUCUGUAUACUGCAAAAUAAAUGUACAGUAUGUGUGUAUAGUGAAACAUGUGUUGAACCUAA